AGAUCAUCUCUUUCACUCACAGACUCGCAGGCUCAAAGACGGAACCCUCAAAUCCUCUGCAACUUCCAGGCUUACACAAGCCGCUAUAUCUGUUCCAAUCCUAAGCGACAAAUACAGUUGCCAACGUACAUCGGAACUGCCCUCACCGGAAUGACCCGAGACGGCGUACAAUUCGACGCGGCGAAACGAUCAUAUCGAAAUUCUAAGGCCGAGGGGAACCGGCACGAGGAAGCCAAAUGGGCCAAUGUAAUCGGAAAUAUCUUGAAGAAUAGAGGAGAAUACGUAAAAGCACUCAAGUGGUUUCGGAUUGAUUACGAUGUGUCGGUUAAGUACUUACCUCAGAAGCAUAUGCUGGCAACGUGCCAGUCUCUGGGCGAGGUCUAUCUUCGGCUUGAACACUUCAAAGAUGCUCUUAUUUAUCAGAAGAAACAUUUAGAGCUAGCCAAAGAUGCUAAUGACCUCGUGGAACAACAAAGAGCUAAUACUCAACUGGGUCGUACUUACCAUGAGCUAUUUUUGAAAUCUGAUGACGACCAUUUUUCAGUUCGAAAUGCCAAAAAGUAUUUCAAGGCUGCCAUGGAACGUGCAAAGUUUCUGAAAGAUCACCCACCAAAAAUUGGAUGUUCAUUCCUCAAGGAAUAUAUUGAUGCUCAUAAUAAUUUGGGAAUGCUUGAAAUGGAUCUUGAUAAUUUGGAAGGGGCCAAAAAGAUCUUAACGAAAGGACUAGAAAUUUGUGACGAAGAAGAGGUGGAUGAGGAUGAUGAUGGUCGUAGCAGGCUCCAUCACAACCUUGGAAGUGUAUAUAUGGAGCUAAGAAUGUGGGAUCAAGCUAAGAAGCAUAUUGAGAAGGACAUAAUUAUCUGUAAGAAUAUUGGGCAUUGCCAAGGAGAGGCUAAAGGAUACAUUAACCUUGGUGAAUUGCAUUACAGGGUCCAAAAGUAUGAUGAAGCAAUUCAUUGCUAUCGGAAGGCUCUUCAUCUAGCAAAAUCAAUGGAAGACGAGGAUGCUUUGGCAAGGCAAAUUGAUCAGAAUAUUAAUACUGUUAAGGAAGCUGUACAAGUGAUGGUUGCACUGAGAAAAGAAGAGCAGAAUCUUAAGAAGCUAAUGAGAGAAAUGGUCACUGCUAGAGGCACACCUCGUGAGCGCAGAUGUCUACUGCAGCAAAAUGCCUCUCUUGAUUGCUUAAUUGAAAAAUCAAGUACGAUUUUUGCAUGGAUGCAGCAUCUUGAAUUUGCAAAAAGGAAGAAAAGGGUUGCAAGUGAACUUUGCGACAAGGAAAAGCUGAGUGAUUCUUAUCUGGCUAUUGGUGAAUCAUAUCAAAAACUAAGAAAAUUCACAAAAUCCAUUAAAUGGUAUGUGAAGAGCUGGGAAGUAUACAAGUCUAUUGGUAAUUUAGAGGGACAAGCACUAGCCAAGAUUAAUAUUGGUGACGUUUACGACUGUGAUGGCAAGUGGACAGAAGCAUUAGAUGCAUUUGAGGAGAGUUACAGGAUUGCUCUGGAGGCUAAACUUCCUUCUGUCCAGCUUUCAGCACUGGAGAAUAUGCAUUAUAGCCACAUGAUACGAUUUGAUAAUGUGGAAGAAGCUAGGCGGUUACAGUCCCAAAUUGACCAAUUGAAGGAAAAAACGAAAAGUGGUAAUGAAACAAAAUUUGUAGCACAGGAUUGCUGCUCUGAAACUGAUUCAGAAGAGGCUCUGUCAGACAUUCCAUCUAAUGAGUGCUUGUCAGAAACUAGAAAAUCUUGUAACAGCAGGUUUAAUUCUUCAAAAUCUUUAUCUGAUUUAGAAGAGCCAAAUGACCCAGUUACUUUUACGUCAUCCCUCAAGCGGCAUGAAAGUUCACCUAAAAUCAAAUCAAUUGACAUGGAAAAAUACAAUGCUUCUUCUAACCCUUGUGAAUUUUCGCCUAAAAGUUUGUCUCAGUCAGCUGGUAGCCAACAGACUACCAUUGGUCGUAAACGUGUUCGUGUGAUUCUUUCUGAUGAUGAGGGUGAGGAUGAAAUGAUUGAUUUCUCAAAAUCAAGGCCUCAUUUAUGCCGGGGAGAGAAUUCUGCAACUUCUGAUGAGAACAAGAAUAAACAAUGCUCAGGAAAUAUUGCUGCAGAAAUUAAGGAGGGUUCAGUAACAACCAGCAAACAUGCAAGCAGGUCUUGCGAAGACAUUGAAGAAAGCACUGGUUCAUAUAAAUACAAGAGUCGAAAUAUCGCUUCUCAAAAUGAUAAAGUUUUUGGAACUCAAAAUGCUGAAGAAAUAUUUCGUUCUGAUUCUGCUGCUAGUGGCUCAAAAUUUGAAGUUGACAUCUCGGAAAAUCUGUUGCAUAAAUAUAAUGCUACCAAGUUGAAUCCUUCUGAGCAGGGUGAAUGUGUUACAUUCAAAAUUGAUAAUAAGCAGAUACACAUAGAGAUUGCAUCAUUUGGAGAUAUGCUAACCAUUGAAUCUGCGAAGGAAGAACUAGCAUGCAUUUACUAUCUACAACUUCCCUUUGAAAAGAGAUCAGAGGGUCUGUUACCUGUGAUUCAACAUAUAAGUUGUGAUGGGAGAACUCUGGAGAACCUUGAAUUUUUGAAAACCUAUGGCCAUGAGAGAAAUCUUUUGUUUGAUGCUGUCGUCAAUGGAUGGGUUUCAAAACCCUUGAUAAAACUCUAUAUUGAUUACUGCAAGGAGUUAUCCGAGACACCUAACAUGAAGUUGCUGAAAAAACUGUACAAUCUGGAGGCUUCAGAUGACGAGAUUGCGGUGCCUGAUUGUGAUCUGCAAGACCUAUCUAUAAGUCCACUGUUGAAUGCGCUGCACAUCCAGAAAACUUUUGCUAUAUUAGACCUUUCUCACAAUUUCUUAGGAAAUGGAACAAUGGAGAAAAUUCAGCAGGUCUUCAAGCAAUCCAGCCAGACACAUGACUUAACGUUAGAUUUACACUGCAAUCGAUUUGGUCCAACUGCUUUAUUCCAGAUUUGUGAAUGCCCUAUUCUUUUCACUCGAUUGGAAGUGCUUAACAUAUCUGGAAAUCGCCUAACCGAUGCUUGUGGAUCUUACCUUUCAACUAUCUUAAAAAACUGCAAAGGUCUUUGGAGCUUGAACAUUGAACGAUGUUCCAUCACAUCUAGAACAAUUCAGAAGGUUACUGAUGCAUUGGAAGUUGGAGCAUCCCUUGAAAAGCUGUAUAUAGGAUACAACUCAAUCUCUGGAAAUGCCCUCAGUAGUUUAUUUGUUAAGCUCACAGCACUGAAUAGGUUUACAAGUCUUAGUCUAAGUGGUUUGAAGUUGAGCAAGCCUGUUUUGGAAGGCCUUCUCCAGCUUAUUAAAUCCUUGGGGUUGUCUGGAUUAAUGCUUGGGAGCACUGGUAUUGGAGAUGAUGCUGCAUUAGAGAUAACUGAGUCAUUUAGCGGAAGUGAAGAGCUUGUGAAACUUGACUUAGCUUAUUGUGGACUGACAUCCAAGUACCUUGUCAAAUUUGGUGGUUGCAUUUCUAUUAUACAGCGCAUUCAUGAGCUGAAUCUUUCUGGGAAUGCCAUCAUGCAAGAGGGUUGUAAUGCAGUAUCGUCACUAAUAGCUAACCCUCAAUGUGGCUUAAAAGUCCUGCUUCUCAACAAGUGUCAGCUUGGCCUAGAUGGAGUUGUUCAAAUCAUUCAGUCUGUAGCAGGUAACUACUAUCUUGAAGAGCUCAAUCUUGCCGACAACGUUGUUCUUGUUAGACAUGCCCUGCAAUGUAACAUAACAGAGAAAGAAAGUAAAGAACUUAAACAACCGUGCCACGAUAUAUCUAAACCUCAAGGCCUAACAUGUUCAAUAGAGGAGUUGGACCCUGCCCAACAGAAUUUAGAGGAGGUAAACGCUGAAUACAAUCAUCUUGAAGUUGCAGAUAGCGAGGAACCAAUUAGAGAAGCUGCAGCAUCUGGGAUUGAUGAUAGUUGUGCAAGUUCAUGUGAAAGGAAAUCCGCGUCUCUUGAUUGCCAGUCUAUUUUACCACUUUCAACUGCCAUUGGGAUGGCAAAAACGUUGCAAUUACUGGAUCUUAGCAAUAAUGGUUUUUCUGCCCAGGAGACUGAAACAAUGUUUGGUGCAUGGUCAACUUCGAGAACUGGUUUGGCCCAAAGACAUAUUGAGGACAACAUAGUACAUCUAUUUGUAAAGGGGGCGAAGUGUUGUGUGAGACCCUGCUGCAAGAAGGAUUAGUUUAAUGCUGCUGAAAUCUGUUAUAUCAGAUUCUUUCUUUGAAUACUCCGCGUCCAGACGGCGAGGAUUGAAGAGGCAGGCUAAAAUUGCUUCACGGGUGGACCGACUUAAGGAACAUGGAGUGAUCGGUUUUUUCACGUAUAAACAAACCUUUUGGUUCCUAUAUUUUUCAUCUUCUAAUUUGUUAGUUCUUAAUACUCUUUACAAAAUGUAUGCAAACAAAAGAAAAACAAUAGAGAAAUUGUAUAUCCAAUAAAAUAUCAACUCACUCAAUGUAA